UGAGGGUCAUUUUGAGUGAGGCACUGGUUUUCUGUUCCUAACUCGUGUCUCAGCUGUGCUCCAGGUUGAUGAUGAUCUCUAGGGGUAAAGAGUGUGAGCUGCUCAUCUCGCGAUAUUUGUCUAAAAUCUCGGUAGCAGUUCCCUACACUCAAGGAGGAACAAAUAACUUGACGGGUGGAGUGUGUGCACACCGCUGGCAGUGAUUCUGCAACUUUCUGAAGAAACCAACCUCGAACACUAAGAGUGCGUAUAGUUUUCUCGCGACGAGAAAAAAGAACUUAUCAGCUCUCAUAGUUAAACGGGUGAGUAAGAAGUGUGCACGGCUCGGUUAGCCACCUCGGGGCAGAAAGUCGUUCGGUGGUCGGCGGUUGGUUCUGCAGGAAUGUCGCAGAAAGAGAGAGCCGGCUUUUACCGUCAGGAGGUCAACAAGACGAUAUGGGAAGUGCCGGAACGGUACCAGAACCUGUCCCCGGUUGGAUCUGGCGCCUACGGAUCCGUUUGCUCUGCAAUUGAUAUGGUGACGGGAUUGAAGGUCGCUGUGAAGAAGCUCUCUCGUCCCUUUCAGUCGAUCAUCCACGCCAAAAGAACGUACAGAGAGCUGCGGCUGCUCAAACACAUGAAGCACGAAAACGUUAUUGGCCUCUUAGAUGUCUUCACUACUGCCACAAGUCUGGAAGAAUUCAAUGAUGUGUAUCUUGUGAAUCAUCUAAUGGGGGCAGAUCUCAACAACAUUGUGAAAUGUCAGAAACUCACAGAUGACCACGUACAGUUCCUCAUAUACCAGAUCCUCCGAGGAUUAAAGUACAUCCACUCAGCAGACAUCAUUCACAGAGAUUUGAAACCCAGUAAUUUGGCUGUGAAUGAAGACUGUGAGCUGAAGAUUUUGGACUUUGGUUUGGCGCGACACACCGAUGAUGAGAUGACCGGCUAUGUGGCGACCCGGUGGUACCGUGCCCCCGAGAUCAUGCUGAACUGGAUGCAUUACAACAUGACAGUGGAUAUUUGGUCAGUGGGGUGUAUAAUGGCAGAACUUCUCACUGGAAGGACUCUGUUUCCUGGCACAGACCACAUUGAUCAGUUGAAGCUAAUCAUGAUGCUCGUCGGAACACCUGGGCCAGAGCUCUUGAUGAAAUUAUCUUCAGAGUCUGCUAGAAAUUACGUGAGCUCCUUGCCACAGAUGCCCAAGAGGAACUUUGCUGAUGUAUUCAUUGGUGCCAACCCACUUGCUGUGGAACUUCUGGAGAAAAUGCUGGUUCUGGAUACGGAUAAGCGGAUAACAGCUGCCGAAGCUCUGGCCCACCCGUACUUCUGUCAGUACCACGACCCAGACGACGAGCCCGUGGCCGAGCCGUACGACCAGAGUUACGAGAGCAGAGAACUUGAGAUAGAUGAGUGGAAACGUUUAACUUACGAGGAGGUGUGCAGCUUUGUGCCGCCAAUCUUUGAUGAGGAUGACAUGGAGUGAUGAGCUGAGCUUCCCACGCCAGCACAGCCCUCUAACAUGUGCAUUAGUGUUAGACUCUCAGGCACACAUCCUACUGCCUAUCAGCCUUUCUCAGUCUUUAUUUCAGUAAGAAUUGUCAAUGUUUAACGGAGGAAAUCAUUACCAGCACGAAGAAAGUGAGAACGGAAAAAGCUUUUAUUAUCUUUAUUUAUGAACCACUUAUCUUAAUGGGCUAUUGCUGGGAAAUGCAACCUAUUGCCAAUAUCUGAAUGAUCUUGUAUCAUUGAAAACAAAACAUGUAAACUUGGAUGACUCAUCACUGUGACACUGAGAUGCUGAAACACGUGAUCCUUUAGCUGUGCUACUUUGUGUUUAGUAAUUUAUAAGCUUUUUUUUAUUGGUUGAAAAAAAAAAAAAGAAUAUGCUGGUCUACCCCACACCUCGCCAAGCUGUAACAUACAGCACUCAGACACUUUUAAUCAAUGUGAUUCUUGGAUUUGAAAAGCAACUAAAUGGAAGGGUUUCAUUUGAUACAGAAGCAGAUUUUAUAUUUUUAGAUUAGAUUAAUUUGUGGUGUGCUUGUUCUGUGUGAUGUUGACUUUUAUUGCACACCAGCUGAAUCUCACAAAUGUAAACAUUUAUUCUUAUAAAUUAGAUAGCCUGUGAAACUCUUACACAGUACAACCUGAGCCUCUGCUGGUCAAAGAUGCUUUUCAUUAAGGCACCAUGGGAGGGGAAGGAAUGAUUUUUCUGGGUGUGUGCUCUGCUUAUGAAUGUGUAAAUAUCUGUGCCAUGCUUUUCAAAUUGGACAUUUUUUAGCUAUAAAGCAACCAAUGUUUGCAUGUUUGUGAAGACGGUGUGUGACGCAGGUGUGUUUUUGGUUUACAAAGAUUGUACGCGUCAUACAAUAACCUAUUAUCAAUACUGCGUAACUGUUUUAAAGAGGGAUUUGUAUUUAUACUGUGUGGAGCUAUUCUUUAUAAGCAACAAUCGAAAGAUCCCUUGAAGUAUUUUUCAGUACUGCAGAAUACCUGCAAGCUCCAGCCUUUUAACAAAAUAAAGACUUAUUUUUAAAAGA